CUCACUCGGCGUCGCCUGCAUGGAGGGGGGAGGGGGACGGAGGAAGUUUCUGUUGCAAGUCCUCUUGGGGAAAAACUCCAGUAACUUACCCCAGGGAAGGGAAGACGUCUGUGUCUCAGCCUCCCGAGCUUAGUUCGCCUCACCCCGAAGGGGGUGGGGCAGUGGGGUUCUGCCACCUUCACCCCCCGCCCGAGUUACGUACGCCCCCACAAACCUGAGGCCGCCUGGGGUGGGGUGGGGUGGUAGGGUGGGGUGGGAUGGUAGGGUGGGGGUGGGGGUGGGGAAAGCUUCUAGCGUUAGCGGUGGCCGGAUACGCGCGCGCGCGCGCGCGCGGGGGGCGGAUCGAGUUGGAGGGAGGGGGCGAAGAAGGCUAGAGGAGGGGUCUUGAGAAGGUUCGAUCUCCGUAAGAUCCAACUGGGGAGCGGGCGCCGGGAUAGGGGAGUGAGGGGAGCCGGAGGCGUGCCAAGCUGCGUGGUGGGAAGUUGUAGUGGGGCGGGGAGAACAAAACGUAAGGGAAGGAGGAAUGGGCUGUUAAGGGAGGUGAGGGUGCGGGGUGGUGAACUGCCGUGGAGGGAAGCGGGGGUGGAGGUAGGAGCGAGUGUAAGGCGUAAAAGUGAGAAAACAAAUUGAGUCGGUAAUGUGUAUUAGGGCGCAUGGCGGGCGCUAGGACCGGGUGCCACGAAGGUGCGACUUUGGGGCUGCCGGGCCGCGCUCUUGCUUAGAGGCGACGCUGCGAUGGCCGAGGUCUCAGGGCGAGACGAACCUGUGCAGGGAUAGGGGACUUGACUGCCUUCGGCCUCUUCUUUCCUCCCCUCUGCGCUCUUCUCUGCUCGCCUUCCCUCCUACAGCUUGAGGGUAGUACCCUGAUCCUGGGACGCCCAGCCUCUCCAACUCCACAGCACCUUACCCGCCCAGCCGCCCACCCUUGCGCACCCCUGCGCGCCUCUGUCUGGUGGUUUAGGCCGGGGGGGGGCCGUUGAUUGGCUGCUGGGACCGCGGGGAGGGGCUGGUGAACAACGCUCGCUCUCUGGGCCUCACUGUCUUUCCCGCCAUGUCGUUCGUGGAGAGCGGGAGGCGCCCGGCCCCUCUGCGCCGUCGUCCGGGUACCCCUGUCCCGUUCGCUCGGCCGGCAUUUUCCGCUUCCACUCAGGGAGACAGCUGGGGUGAGGGUGAAGUCGAUGAGGAGGAGGGAUGCGACCGAGUAGCCCGUGACCUGCGAGCGGAAUUCUCGGCCAGGGCGUCGCCCGAACCUAGAAAGGACUCGCUCCUCCGGCCAGAUGGGGACGGGUCUUCCCUCCUGGCGGAUAAGCGGAAUGGCAUCUUGGCGGAUGCGGGCGGUCGAACCCGAGCUCGGCGCUGGCCGGUCCAGGUCCUCUCAAUUCUCUGUUCGCUGCUGUUCGCCAUCCUCCUUGCCUUCCUCCUCGCCAUCACCUACCUGAUCGUAAAAGAGUUACAUGCUGAGAAUUUGAAGAAUGAAGAUGAUGUUCAUACUGGGCUGUUAGGAUUCUGGACUCUACUUAUAAUAUCCCUAACAGCUGGAUUCUCCUGCUGCAGCUUUUCUUGGACAGUGACUUAUUUUGAUUCUUUUGAACCAGGAAUGUUUCCUCCUACUCCCCUUUCACCUGCCAGGUUCAAGAAACUGACCGGACAUUCUUUCCACAUGGGCUAUAGCAUGGCAAUUUUGAAUGGCAUUGUAGCUGCUCUUACUGUAGCAUGGUGCCUCAUGUAAACCCACACUUAACAAAACUUAGUCAUGAACAUCAUUGCCUGCUUGGAAGAUUAAGAAACCUGCUGUUCAUUAUGUGGUUCAAGUAUCAUCAUCAUCAUGGAGGACUUUUUGAGCAUUGUUGUAGAGCCUAGGCAUUGGGAAUAUCUAAGUAUUAAGUUUCAAGUAAUUCUUAAAAGUGUGAGAUGUUUACCUCAUCUUUUUACUUUUGUGUCUCUUGUCCUUAUAGAAAACAUUUUAAUGGAAAUCAAACUUGAAAACUUGAAUACAGGACAUCUUGUAUCAAUGCCUGCCUUUCCAUGUAUAUGUAUAUACUACCUUUUUGCUGAGAAAUACUGAUAGUAUGGUUAAUUAAGAUAGAAAUAUUUCUUAUUUAUUCAUUAUAUUAGAACAGCAAACAAUGCCUACUACUUUUAUAGAUGCUACUUUUAAAUCAGAAUAGUUUUUGAUAUAUAAUCAAUACAAGGUGCAUUUAUAUUUUUUAAUGGGGCAUAGUUCCUUAUGUGUUUUUUUACAUAUUUUCCUACUAUAUAUUGAAUUUGUAUGUUUUUAGACAAAUGUAAAUAUUAUUUUUUAGCUGGUAUAAACCUAACAGCUACCAUUUUUAAUAGGUAUUUUUGUCUAAGAAAAGUAAAUUGGGGACUUACCUGGUGGCCCAGUCAGUUAAGGACAGGGAACUUCCUCAUGCCAUGGGCAUGGCCAAAAAGAAAAAAAAAAAAAUACAUUGGCUUGAGUUUAAAACUAAGUAGGAGUUCCUACUGUGGCCCAGCAGGUUAAGGACCUGAUAUGGUCUCUGUGAGGAUGUGGGCUCAAUCCCUAGCCUUGCUCAAUGGGUUAAGGAUCUGACUGACGUUGCUGCAAGCUGUGGCAUAGAUCGCAGAUGUGGCUCAGAUCUGUUGCCAUGGCUAUGACAUAGGCCUGCAGCUCCAGCUCCAGUUUGACCUCUAGUCUGGGAAUUUCCAUACGUUGCAAGUACUUCCAUAAAAAGGAAAAAACAAAAACUAAUUUUUAACCAAAAAUGAAAACAGUUGAUUUAAGCCAUAAAAAUACUGAGGAAACUUAAAGCUGUUCACUGUUUACAUUUUCACAAUUCCAAAUAUUUGAUGUAUAUGUGGUUACUUCAGAAGAACUGAUAUGAUUUUGUUUUUAAUAGAUAUAAACUUGGAAUUUUUAUAUUUAGAAAUGCUUGAUCAGUUUGUUUUUAAUCACCAAAAUAGAAAAGAUUUUGAUAAAGCAUAUGUAUAAUUUUUUUAUAUAUAGUUUCAUUGUUUUCCUGUUUAAAUGUAUUUUUUUGUUCAUUUGUUUUGCUGCUUCCAUGGUAUGCAGAAGUUCCAGGGCCAGGGAUGGAACCUGAGCCACAGCAGCAACAAUACCAGAUCCUUAACCCACUGAGCCACCUGGAAAAUGUUCCUUUGUAAUUGUGCUGGGGUUUUUUAUUGUUUUUGUAGUAAUUAAGCCUUACUUAUUCCUACUUCCUUUCUAAGUACCUGUUUGGAGUAGUCUCCCCAAUUUUAGAAAGAUAGACUAUUUAAAACACUGUUUUUCCGGGCUAUAGAAAAACCUACAUUAGGGUAGCAUUGUGCAGCAAAACUACUUAUUCAGGCCAAGUGGGAAAUGAAUGUGUGCAGUGUGUUCCUGUUAUCUGCUGAUUAUUGUUACUGAAUAAAUGAUUUAAUGAUGUUUCUAAAA